GCACAGCCCUGGAUCAACCUGGCUGCUAUGUACACAGCCAACAGAGAUUACAAAAUGGCCUUAGUCGCACUCAACGUAACACCUAUGGCGCAUGGCCCAGAGUUCCGUCUGCCGGAGAUGCCUAAGCCACACUGGAUGUCUAACAACAACGAGGUCAUGCGAGACAUGGUGGAGGAAGAAGACGACGGGUAA